AUGAGGACUAAUUCUGAUAAGUUUAAGGAAAUAUUUGAGCAGGCAAAGAAAAAUAGAGCAUCUGAAGUUGGUGGCUGCAACUACGCAGCGGGAAGUAUUAGUGUGGCUGAAGUUGCGCGAAGGAUGCGUGAAGAAUUAGGCAGAACUCCACUUCUUAAUGAGCUCCACAUGGAGACUCAUCUCAAGAGAAAUGGAGAGUUUAUUGACGAGCGCGCAAAAAUCACUCAAGAGAAUUUUGAUAAAGAACUUGCCAUAAAGUUGUCAGAGCAUCCUGAAAUACCCCAACCACCACCAGGGUAUCCUGUUGACCCCAAUAUUAGUUUUCAGACUUGGUAUAAGGUUUCAGGUGGAAAGAAGAAAAAUGGGAGAGUGUAUUGUACUGGAGGGUAUUCCAAAAAUAUCAAGCGGCGUAGUAGAGAUUUCAAAAUGAGAUAUGCUGAUGGAGAAGGAUCAUCCACUCCACCUAUAUUAACCGCCGAAAUGCUUGAAACUGUGAGAAACUUGGCAAAUACUGAGGCAGCACAACAAGUAGCAGCAAGAAAUUUGGAAAUUGAAGAGAUGAAGAAAAAACAAUUAGAGAUACAGGAGGAAAUGCAAAGAAGAGAAAGAGAAUUACGGGAAGAAAUGAGGAGAGAAUUUCAGGAAGAAAUGAGGAGGCAGGCACAAGAGUAUCAAGAAGCAAUGUGA